GAAAUGAUCAAAUCUAUAUUUCCACCCAAUAUCGGAAAGACAAAUUUGAAUGUACAACUCGGUGGUCAGUAGGUUUACAGACCUGACGGUGGAUUAAACAGCUGUAAGUUCCAUGAACAUGUUCUCGUCAGUCGUCUUGCUGUGUGUGGCCGUGGCCUUAGGUCCAGUCCUCUCAGCCAGUCUCGACUCGGAUUCCAACACUCUUCUCGGCACGGACCAACUUCCGGAUACCCAAGUUAACAACCAUGGAAACGCAAAGUAUCCUGUUCGUAACCCUGGAGUCAGUGAUGCGGACAAAAAGGACAUCGUUGAGCUGCACAACGACUACAGGAGACUUAUCGGCCGUGACGCAGCUAACAUGAUGAAAGUAAUUUGGGACGAUGGCAUGGCAUCAUCUGCUCAGAGACAUGCCGAGACUUGUAGCUUUGAUCACGACCAUCUCGCUAAUCGGUGGACCAACAGUUUACCUGGGGUGUAUAUUGGACAGAAUAUGUGCGCCGGAAAUAACAAUUGGCGGGAAUGCGUGGCUGCGUGGUACGCUGAGAAAGACAGUUACCAAUAUGGCGAGGGUGCCAAAACCUUAUCAUGGAACAAGAUCGGUCACUUUACGCAGCUAGUUACCUGGCAUGUCUCGCGUGUUGGCUGUGGAUACGCAGAGUGUGAGGGACGAAAAGACAGAUCGUCUUUUGUCUGUAACUACGCAUACGGACAGUUCUAUGAUGACGUGAUUCGUCCUUUCUUGAAUGGAACUUCAUGUGGCGCCUGUCCUCACUCAUGUAAUGAUGGACUGUGUGAUUGUGCGGGGAAAAUUUGCAACAACUUUGGAACAUUGGAUCUGAACACAUGCACGUGCAACUGCCUGAAGUUUUAUACCGGCGACACAUGCGAAACUAUUCUUUGUGACGAGACUGAGCAUGCGUCAUGUGAUCGACAUGCCAAGGACGAAUGUACCAACGGUGUCAACAUAGCCGCCCUGUGUCCUCAUCACUGUGGACGCUGCUAGACCGUGCUCACUUCCGGCCAUAUUUACCCACUUCCGGCCAUAUUUACCCACUUUCGGUUUCUUGUAGCCAAUUGUUAUCCUAUCUAUAAUGAUUAUGUAAUAGUAGAUCUACAUAUUCAGAUGAUAAUUCAAAAUGAUUCAGGAAACCUCAAAAGAAAUAAUAGAGUUAUAAAAAAGCGAUUAUAUUUUCCAGAUUUUAAGUUUCUGGUGCUAUUAUUUCCAAUGAAAUAGCUAUGCUUGCUCAGUCAAAUGGUUAUUUCAAGAAACGGGCAUUAUAAAAAACAGUUUUGAACUGUUUGUAGUAUAUUAAGAUAAUAAUUUCAUGAUAAUUACAUAUUUCUAAUACAUAUAUAUUAGCAUACACGGAUAUUUCUUUCGACACCUGGACAUUCUAAGAUUUUCCAUCUUUUUUUUUGAAUUUGUGUAAAAUAUAAUUAUAUUUUUGUUGUGAUUAAACUUUUCAAUUCAU